AUGUUUCUUUUUAGUUGUCUUGUCGUCGAAGAUGAUGAUGAUGAUUGUUUUUCAUUUAAACCACGAUCAUCUACUUAUAUUGUGAUGGAUGAUGAUAAAGAACUUGUCGAAUUAGAUGACAUCGUAACUAGUUCACUAGUCGACGGCACAAAAUUGGAUGAUAAUGUUGGAUUUGUUGCUGCAGUUGAAACUGAUGAUGAUUAUUGA